AUGCAAGCCGAUGUUGCAUCUGCCCAGGAGAAGUACCAUCAGCAGCUGAAACACAAUCAGACGUUGCAGGGUCGCUUGGAGCGCAUGGGUCUGGAAGCCAAAGCGGUUCUGACAGAAUUGCCACGUUACCAGACUCCAGGUGCUCUUCAUGAUUCCUGCGGAGGACCCGCAGACGUGGGCGGAAGGCUCCGCCUUGUGCCUGAAGUGCCGGAAAGAUCGACCCUCGCAUCGUCUCAUGGGUGGUAA